AAUGGGACAACCAGAAUGGGAACACAAGCGUGGGCCCAGGGGUUCACAGUCCUCAGGAACCAGCAUCACGGUGGACAUCGCGGUGAUGGGUGAGGCCCACGGCCUCAUCACCGACCUCCUGGCCGACCCUUCGCUGCCCCCCAGCGUAUGUACCUCCCUGAGAGCCGUGAGCAACCUGCUCAGCACCCAGCUCACCUUCCAAGCCGUGCACAGGCCCAGGGCCGGCCCGCUGCUGGCCUUUGGCGACUACGCCUGCUCCGACUCUGAGGAAAGCACCGACAAGGACAAGCUGGCCGUGCCCAAGCGCCUGAGGAAGAGUUUGCCCCCCGGCUUACUGCGCAGAGUGUCCUCCACCUGGACGACUACCACAUCAGCCACGGGCCUCCCCACGUUGGAGCCUGCCCCCGUGCGGAGGGACCAGGGUUCCAGCAGCACCAAGCACGUGCUGGAAGUCUGUAGCAUCUGA